AUGGCUAUUGACCCUCAAUUGCUUGCACUACCACCUUCGACUCUACCGAUCUUCACCCCACCGACUAUGCUAGCUCCACAACCACCUUUCCCAUCCAGACGAAGCUCGCCAUCCCCAGAUCGACAUGUUGAACAUCGUCCUAUGCCCUUCCCCGACCUUGCGGUCCGGCCGGAGAGCAUGCCGGCCGGUUCUGCCUCGUCGCCAACGUUGCGGCCGGCGCUCCCCUCCUCAACUCCCAUCCUGAACGCUUCACCCGGCCCCUUUUCCCGAGCGUUCCAAAGCUCCGGCCGGAGUGCGUCCCAGCCUACCCCCACUGCUCAACGUUCCGCCCGGCCCCUUUUCCCGAGUGUUCCAACGCUCCGGCCGGAGCACGUCCCAGCCUACCCCCACUGCUCAACGCUCCACCCGGCGUAUUUCCCCCAGGGUUCCAACGCUCCGGCCGGAGUGCGUCCCAGCCCACCCCCACUGCUCAACGCUCCACCCGGCGUAUUUCCCCCAGGGUUCCAACGCUCCGGCCGGAGUGCGUCCCAGCCUACCCCCACUGCUCAACGCUCCACCCGGCGUAUUUCCCCCAGGGUUCCAACGCUCCGGCCGGAGCGCGUCCCAGCCCACCCCCACUGCUCAACGCUCCGCCCGGCGUAUUUCCCCCAGGGUUCCAACGCUCCGGCCGGAGCGCGUCCCAGCCUACCCCCACUGCUCAACGCUCCGCCCGGCCCCUUUUCCCGAGCGUUCCAACGCUCCGGCCGGAGCGCGUCCCAGCCUACCCCCACUGCUCAACGCUCCGCCCGGCGUAUUUCCCCCAGGGUUCCAACGCUCCGGCCGGAGUGCGUCCCGCUGCGCCCGGCCUUGCCUGUCUGCAAAACCGGCACCCCGAGAUUACAUUGGCCACUCGGGUGA